CGCUGUGUGCCCUCCUCAGUUAUUCUACAAUGAGUGCCAAGUCUGCCAUCAGCAAGGAAAUUUUUGCACCUCUUGAUGAAAGGAUGCUGGGAGCUGUCCAAGUCAAGAGGAGGACAAAGAAAAAGAUUCCUUUCUUGGCAACCGGGGGUCAAGGAGAAUAUUUAACAUAUAUCUGCCUGUCAGUGACAAACAAGAAACCCACACAGGCAUCCAUCACGAAGGUCAAACAGUUUGAAGGCUCCACGUCGUUCGUGCGGAGAUCACAAUGGAUGCUUGAGCAACUUCGCCAGGUUAAUGGCAUCGAUCCUAAUCGGGAUUCUGCAGAGUUUGAUUUGUUGUUUGAAAACGCAUUUGACCAGUGGGUAGCCAGCACAGCCUCAGAAAAAUGCACCUUCUUCCAGAUCCUCCACCACACCUGCCAGAGGUACCUCACGGACAGGAAGCCGGAGUUUAUUAACUGCCAGUCCAAAAUCAUGGGAGGGAACAGCAUCCUCCAUUCAGCAGCCGAUAGUGUGACCAGUGCGGUACAGAAAGCAAGCCAGGCCUUGAACGAGCGCGGGGAGCGGUUAGGCCGAGCAGAGGAGAAGACGGAAGACAUGAAGAACAGCGCCCAGCAGUUUGCGGAAACUGCACACAAGCUUGCCAUGAAGCACAAGUGUUGAGAAACUGCCUGUCACAGCGAUGACCCUCUCGAGAGAAAUGGAAGAGUUUGCUCAGCAGUUUUUACAAGAAUUCCGGACCUCUGCUUGCUUCUUCCCCCCUCCCCCCCACCCAGUAUAUGGACAUUUAGGUUUUUUUGCUUUUCCCAUUUCAGACGUUAAUAUGAAAGAAAAGACUUUGUGUUCAUACAUUUCACUAACAAUCGUGCUAAGAAA